CAUUAAGUUUGAGCUUUUUUGACUACACCUGCCUAUCAAACAAUACUGUUUAUCUUUUCAUCAUGUGACAUCUAAAUGAGUAAUUUUAACAGGUGGAGCUGAAUGAGCAUUUCAAUAUUUACUUAAGUACCUGUGGACAGAACAGGAUAUCUGUCCGGGUUCUAGUCACUGAAAUGCAUCUUGGUCUUUAUUAUAUUUGGCAAUGCUUGCUUUAUUUGCAUUUUUACUGGUAACAUCUAUCUCUAUUGUGUACUUCUCAGAAUGAAGGCACUUAAACAUAUUUUUAAUUUACUGUCUUAAAUUAACAGACCUUUCUUGGACAAUGAGCAAACGUAACCUGGAUAAGUGGUAUUUAUUGUUUCACCUCAGUUUGCAGAUGGUUUGGUGUUUAGACGACAAUGUACUGUUCCUGAAUCCUCCAGCCAUACCUGUGUCUGGCUACUCCUUGAAAGUGUUGUACUCCUGUUCCAAACCGGCUGUGGUGCGGGUGGAGUGCCUGCUGUCUUAUGACACUGGACUAACUUCUAGGGUAUUCCAGAGGCAUUGGCGUUGUAAGCCAGGUCUGGAUCGGCUUAGGACUCUGCUUAUGAGCCUCCCUGACUGGUUGGUGUACCGGCCCGACUGGGUUUUCCCGGACUCUCAGUGGGUACUCAGUGGAAUGCUGCGUGCCUCAGUCAGCAAGGAUGGAUCUGAGGACAGUUACAGGUCAGCUCAGGCCACUGAUGUGGUCAUCUUUCAUCCCACACCACCACUCAGUCGCCCGCUGAAGCAUCAUCAGCUCUGCCCGGCUUGGGCUACACAAAUGCUAUGGCUAACCGACAGGACCUCCGUCUCACAAUGCCCCUUGGAACAAGAGACUGUGUGUUUGCUGUCCUCCAUGUAUGCUUCAACUGGAGAGAACUUUGGCAUCACCAAAACCAUUACUUCAUUUAGCAGCAAGGUCCUGGAGCAGUUACGGCAAAAAUCUAUUUCUUUUCCAUGGUGUACAUUCUCCAUCUGGGUAUUCCUAAACCAUCACUGCCAGAAAGAUGUAUGUUCUAUCUUUCACCAUAUAGAUUCAGAAAACAACUAUGCCACACCCACUUUGUUUCUUACGAGUUCAGGCCAGUUGCAUGUCCAGAUGCAUUGGGAGUCUGGGAUGUCUUCAGCGUUCCUCAGUCCAUUCUAUGUGCCGCUCAGUCGAUGGUGCCACAUUAACGUAGAGCUGCGUGGCAGAACGGUGGAUAUCAACAUGGUGUGCAUAUAUGGGCAGCAACGUUUGUUUCAUACUGCAAAACGCAUGUUCAGUGAUUCCUUAUACAUGGAUGAUACCGAUGGUUACUUUGUGAUUGGUGGAGGUCAAUUUACAGAAGGAAUUGAAGGGUAUUACGGACCAUUGGUGUACUAUCGUAACAGAAUACCCGCCGUUAGCCCGUCUGAAGUCAUCGUUCCAGAGCAUAUUAGGGGUCUAAAUUUGACCGGAUGGCUACAAUCCUGUCAAGAGUUUCAGUUGGAGCUUCAAGUCAAAUUGAAUGGAUAUUUACAGAGAGCCAGAGAGAAAGAGAACUGUAUGGUUGCUUAUCCUGGAUGGACUUUUAAAGAUCUUCUAGUUGUAACGCACCAGUGUAUGUCUUGGGAGGCACCUGCAGCCCAUAAAAGAGUAUAUGCAUUAAGGUUGGCCGAGAUCCUGGCCUCGAAGCGUGUUGUAUGUUUAAAUGUAUACUCAGACAGCAGGAAGGUAGAUCUAGCAUCAGUGGGCAGGACUCUGUACUCCUUGUCUGUGCGUAAGAUGAGUGGGGCAAACAGCGGAUCAACUGGAGUGGUUAGAAGGAUAAUGCCCCAUUUGCUGCAAGCUGGCUGUCUGGGGAACAACAGAGCUUUACACUUGUCGUCAGUGCUCUACAGCUCAGGUCUGGGCGUGGAGAGACAGCCCAAUAAGGCAUGGCUCAUGUCUCUGCUUUCAGCCCAGAAGGACUGGAGACUGGCCCUGCUGCGUCUUGGGCACCUGCACUGGCUAGGUGAGCAUGGCUUCCCCCCAGACAUUGACCUGGCCUAUGCCUACUACUCUAACAUUGCCAAGCAGACCUCUGUCGACCGGCAACGCCCAUCUCCCCAGCAGAAAUUUGUGGAGCAUAUUUACCUGAACAACGAGGAGGUGCUGAGGCUCCAAACAAAUGAAAACCAUGACAUCUUCCACUGGUUAAAACUCCAGGCCCGGAACGGAGCUGCAGACGCCGAGCAAGCAGUGGCCAGAAUGUUGUUCUGGGGCCAGCAGGGUGUGUCUCCAGACAUCCAGACUGCUGUCAGACACUACGAGAGAGGCGCUGUCCGCCUGGGGGACCCAGUGUCCAUGUAUGACUAUGCCAUAGUCCUCAUGCAGGGUCAAGGAGUGAAGAAAGACGUCCCAAAGGCUGUCAGUUUCCUGAAGAAAGCGGUAAAGCAGGGUUUUACCCCAGCAAUCAAUGCCCUCGCCUGGUACUAUGAACAGUUUGAGAAAGACUACAAGCAGGCAGUGGAGCUUUGGGAACUGGCUGAUAAACAAGGCAGCUCAGAUGCUGCAAUGAAUCUGGGUGUCAUGUACUCCGAAGGCCUGUAUCCUGGGAAAGCGGCAGACAAGUUCACAGCCUAUACUUACUAUCUUAAGUCUGCCCAGAGAGGAAAUGUGGAUGGUUCCAUUCAACUGGCUAACAUGUGGACCACUGGGAUUCCCGGCCAAGUCAGUAGGCGCCCUGCGGAUGCCGUGUUAUGGGCAAAGUGGGCUGCCGAGCACAAUGGACACCUGGGAAUGGUCCUGAGGAAUGCUCUGGAUUCUUAUUUCCGAGGAGACAGCUUAAUGGCAUUAUUACAUUUCCUGAUGGCGGCUGAGUCUGGAUUUGCCGUCGCCCAGUUCAACGUGGCGUAUUUAUGUGAACAAAAUCCGGGAGGUUUUCUGGAUGCCAUGUUUGCCGCCCGGUGUAUGAAGCGAUACUACAACCUGACGGUUCAGACCCAGGAACCGGAUCCUUACGCCCUGAUCCGGAUGGGUGACCUGCUCCGUGAAGGACGUGAGUCGAGGCGAAGGGAUGUUGCGGCAGCCGCAGAAAUGUACAAACAAGCGGCACUAAGGGAUGACCCACAGGGCUGGUACAGUCUUGGCGUCCUUGUUCAAGAGGAGCAGACGUUACCGCUGUACGUGCUGUCUGGACUGGGUCUGACGCAGCAUUACAUGGCAGAUAAAACCGAGCUGGCGGCUGCCCUUUACCGCCGGUGCAGAGACUCGAACGACACCACAGAUUCAUACUUGCCCUGCAGCCUUGCCAUAUUCAGUGCCUAUCUGCAGUCUUUCCAGACGGACUACGGUGCCACCAUCAAGGUCUCUGGAAUUGUGGCUGUGGCAGUUCCACCAAUCGUUUUUAUCAUCCUGAGUAUUAUCAGGAGUUGUGGCAUCAUGUCUUUUCAUCACUAGGGCCAGGAAGUCCAUCAGCUCUAAGAGGACCAUGACUCGGCUGUACUGGGAACUACUCACACAAAGCACUUUAACCCAGGUCUCAUUUAUUGAGUCUGUUUAAUAGCUGACAUAACAUUUCUGUCUUUGUUUCGUCUGAUAUUAAAAAGCAAAAAGGUCCUAAAAGGUUUGGACACACUUAGCAAAUGGGUAACUGUAUCCAAACUUUUGACUCUCAGUGAACAUCUUAAAUCAUUCCUAUUAACCUUAUGAAUUUUUUUUUAUGAUUGAGCAGUAUAAUAAAGUGAAAUAAUUUGCCCAAUUCAAAUUCUGCUCCAAAAGGAUUGUAUUAGGACUGACUGUAAGUCCAUGGUGUUCCAGGCGGAGUCCCUUCACAGGCUCAUUGAGGCUUCUGGGUCACUGGUAAUGAGUGUCUGGUAAGGCCCAUGGGGUUUAGUUUGCCUGGCACAAACAGCAGGCACACAGCAAGCUGCAACCUGUACUGACACCCUGGAGCCUGGAAAGCACAGUCAAUCUUUUAAUUGAAAGACGAAAUGACUGAGUCAAGAGAUGAUGGCAGAACAAUUUUGUGUGCUUCCUGUUACAAUGUGGUAAUGUCACAAUAAGAUGUCAUUUAUUCUCUUGCCAUCCGCUCAUUAGCAGACGCCACAGUACUGUACUUAUUUUAUGGGCAAUUUUUUUUUCAUGCAUAAGGCACAGCAAAUGUAAUACUAAAUUAUCCUAAGGAUCAGGUUAUCUGAGCAAUUAUUUUGUUCACUUAAUCAACCAGUAGAUGUUUUUGCUCAUUUCCAUAUUUUCAUUAAAUGUAUAAUUAGUCAACACGUGUUUUUGUAAAGUUACCCAGGUUUGACUAUGACAACUAACACGAUAAAAAAGCAUGGCUGUUUUGUAGCCUUUACAGCAAGUUAUACAGUUUUUGGCCAGCGCUCUGUAACUAAGGCUGAGUGAAAACAUUAUUACACAGUGUUGUUUUCCUCCACUGCUCUGUGUGCUGUUACUCCCAGUAUCGCUCCCCAGGAACUCCUGCUCACCAUGGCACUGAUGCCUGGGGAGCUCUCAUUGUUGUUUGGGGGUGGGCGAUUUCCUCAGUUAACACC